AUAAAAAAAUGUAAAAAGAAAGAUAAACCCUUGAAUGAGUAGGUGUGUCUAAACUUUUGACUGGUAGUUGAUAUGUUUAAGAAAUUGCCAUGGCGGUGCAAUUUAGAUGUAGGCCAAAAACCUACAACUCGCGAUCAAUACAUUUUCACCCAGGACAUCCUUUUCAAAGUACGCCGAGUACAGGAAAACUGCACACAUGGCAACCCUGAGCAUGGCAUGAAUUGCGACAAUUGCGUAAAAUGUACUGUACGGCAACGUGAUGACGCAAAAUGUGUGCACACGGCGUAACUCUGCCAUGGUUCGCUGGACAAAGCCUAUAAGGAAAAUGAAUGGCGUUUUUGUAAGUGUAAACACAGAAAAUAAGGUCUGUGGUAAACACAGGUUUAGGAGAUAUUUUUGUCUAUGAGAUCAUCUUCAUCAGCUAAUGUCACUUAUUGUGAAUUUGGAAGAACGUAUGUAAUAAAAUAAAAACGAAUCACAAAGGCUUCAUAAUUCAUAAACAUUUACAUUUAAGUCAUUUAGCAGACGCUCUUAUCCAGAGCGACUUACAGGAGCAAUUAGGGUUAAGUGCCUUGCUCAAGGGCACAUAAAGAUCAUGUUAACUGACUUCUAUUAUCUCAUAUAAAAAAAUGUAUACGAUAUCAUAAGCCUGUGUUAACCUCAAACCUUAUUUUCAGUGUUUAUUCCAAAACCCUAUUCUUUCCACAUAGGGAUGGUUGAACGAACCAGAGCUAAUUUAUUUCCGGGUUUUAGGACUACAACCUGGCGAGCUCUAUAGUGAAUGUUCUAAUCCGAAUUUUAUAUUUUUCGAUUGUGGUCUUAAAGAAUACCUGUUUGAAGCAUAUUUCUAAUUGUUUUCAUAAAAUCCUUUUUGCAUUUGGUUAUAAGCACAAUAAAAUUUGACUGAUUAAAAUGUAAUAUUUUUUUAAUGAGUUAUCCACAAUGUAAAUAUUGAAGGGUUCGUCAAUACCAUACGAAAGUAACGUCAUCAUUUGUGCUGCUGGCAGAACACUCAGUGUCGCACAGAGGAAAUUUGUCGACAUACAUAUUGACGAGAAGUUAUGGCCGAAUUAAAUCGAAGUCUUCAAGAAUAUCUGGCCCAGUCUAAAGGCGGUGCCAUGACGAUCUCUCAGUCCAGCUCAAGUACGACCAUAGAUAUCGAUGAAUCCACCUCAGUAGCUGGGAGCUGGUUCGGAAGCUGGUCGAGCCCGUUCUCUGGUUCCAGCAGUCGCGGCGGAGGUUCGACGGGCCAUGGGUUGGGCAGCGGCUAUUCCUGGCCGUGGUCUACGGAGCCAGACCCAUGUUUACCGGGAAUGAGUCGCUUGCAACGACUGGUCGCUUUCGGAGUGUGUAUUGCAUUUUCGGCGUUGUGCUUUGGACUGUCCGCCCUGUACGCACCCUUGUUGCUGUUGUAUGCGCGCAAAUUCGCCCUUCUCUGGUCUCUCGGCUCUCUCUUCGCGAUUCUGGGAGCAGCGAUACUGCGGGGACCCAUCAAGCUCAUAGCGAGGCCGACUCCCAGCGCGGUGGUGUAUCUGUGUUCUCUUGGAGGUACACUUUACGCAGCGCUCAGGCUUCACAACACCAUACUCACUGCCCUCGGAGCCAUUGUCCAGGUUGCCGUCAUCGUUGGGUACAUAGUCUCUUUGCUGCCGGGCGGUAGCGCAGGUAUUCGAUUAAUGGGAGGGAUGGCAAUGUCUGCUAUCAAAAGGACUGUCACGGGGAAAACGAUGCCAAUUUAACCACUUCAAUUAAUCCGAACGGAUUUUUGCCCUCUGUUGUGAAUAUGACUGACUGACUUGUGAGCACACUAGCAAAACAUUCAGCAAUUCACAGACCAAUUUGAAAAACAAAAAAUUCAUAAUGACUGGCCCUUGACAACGGUGUUAAAUCCUUGUUUUCUUUUGUCAUUUACUUCUGAUGUACCAACAUGCCCAAUAAUAUCUCAGAAUAAGACUAAAAUGGAACAGACCAGCAGAGAACUAUGAAGCCUCAUGUAUUUUUUUCUAUUUAUGUUUUGACUAAUAAAAUGUACUGUGGUACAACCUUA